AUGGCGACAAAAGCCCACUGCCUCCUGUGCUUCGAGACGCUCGACGCCGAGCUCAACAAGCGCGAGGCCCGGUCCCUCGACCAAAUCACCGCAUCCUGGGCGCUCUACAGCGCCGCCCGCGCGGACAGACUGGCGAGCCGAGGCCCCGCAUACCAGCGACUCGUGUCCGGCGAUGCCUCGUCGGGAUCGUCGUCGUCAACGUCCCUGGCGCCCUCUACGGCCACUACGUCCGUCAACUCUACGACGCCGGUGGCGCCCUCGAGCGCGGCGCUGUUUGUAACGUGGAACACGGUGGAGGAUCUGGAGGCAGCGGUCAACGAGAACGGCGAGGACGAUGCGGAGAACCUGGUCCUCCGUGGUUGCAUCGGGACGUUUGAGCCGAUGGACCUGGACGACGGGCUGUCCGAGUAUGCAGUGAUUUCGGCGUUUCACGACACGCGCUUCCGCCCGAUCCGGCAGAAGGAGCUGGCGACGCUGCAGAACGCCGUGACGCUGCUGACGGAUUUUGAGCCCGUUGAGGAUCCGAUGGAUUGGGAAGUGGGCAAGCACGGCGUGCGACUGGCGUUUACGGAUCGCGGCCGCCGCUACGGGUCCACGUAUCUGCCCGACGUGGCGGCCGAGCAGGGGUGGACCAAGGACGAGACGCUGCUGAGCUUGAUGCGCAAGGCGGGGUGGUCUGGUAAUAAGGCGGCGUGGAAGGACGUGCCGCUCAAGGUGACGCGGUAUCAGGGCAAGAAGAUGAGUAUGCGGUAUGAGGAAUUCAAGAAGUGGCAGGACUGGGAGGACCACCGAGGUGAUGAAUAA